AUACCGGCCACUUAAACACCGCGAAUUUUGUCAACAUCAUCAACAACAACAAAAACUUCAAUUUACUCUUAAGAGUCACCAUACUGAGAAUCGCGUGCUGUCAGCGGUUAUCCAUCUCCUACAUCUAUCAUAAUGCAACCUAAACAUACAGUCAGUCCAUCUGCAACUCUCGAACCAUCACCGAUGGCAGACAUUAGCCUCUCCCUCCGCACAGCGUUCAUGGAUAACGCUCACUAUCGUCGCGAGAGCGACUCCCUAUCUACCAGCGCCCUCAGUUCCGCGAGUGGAAGUCCAACUUCAUCACCAACAUCCGCCUGGCCCUUUCGCAAGCAUCGAUUCUCAGGGUCUCACACCACCGAACCAAGCAGCCGGGACCGCAGCCGAAGCCCAUACGCCAGUAUAAUCCCCUUCUCCUUCCGUCGCUCAUCGCCAUUUUUCCUUCGCCGACGACCUUCUGCUGUGGAUCUGGCAUUGAGCGAGGAACGGUCGCGUUGUGAUGAGGAUGUCAUUGAACGGGUUGGGUUGAGCAUGAUGGAACCGCGUCCCGUGGAUCCGAUUCCCAUCGCCAUGGAUCUGAACAGCAAUCUUCUCAGCGACAUGGCUAGUCAGCGAAGCUCGUAUGCUCCCUCGUCUCAGGGCUCGAUCCGUGGGAUAUCCCAACAACCUCGAUAUGUGAUGGGUGGCAUCAUUGAGGUCAUGGAAGGGAAUGCUUGAUUCUUCUUUCCAUGACCGAGCCAUUCAACCUGUCCAUUCCGUUCUACGCUGCCGUCUUGCAUCAAUUGACGGGUUUCUACCUUGGCGCUACUCUCCUCCCAG